CGCGCCCUGAAAAAAAAAGAAAAAGAAGAAGAAGAAGCAGGAGAAAACCUCGCGCGACUCCUUUGUCAAACACACGAGCUGUGUUGUGACGUCACGGCCGAUCCAACAUGGCGAACAUUCGAUGCGUCAAGGGUAUGGUUGGCCUGGUGACAGGCGGUGCGUCUGGUUUGGGCCGGGCCACUGUGGAGCGUCUGGUGCAGAACGGGGCGUCCGCCGUGAUCCUGGACCUGCCGUCGUCCGAUGGACCGGCUCUGGCAGCCAGUCUUGGGGACCGCUGUGCCUUCGCUCCUGCAGAUGUGACGUCAGAGGCAGACGUGCAGUCAGCAGUGUCCCUGGCCAGAGAAAAGUUUGGGAAGCUGGACCUGGCAGUUAAUUGUGCCGGCAUCGCUGUCGCCGUUAAAACCUACAACUUUAAGAAGGACCUGCCUCACAGCCUGGAGGACUUCCAGCGUGUUAUCAAUGUGAACAUCGCGGGAACUUUUAAUGUGAUCCGCCUUGCUGUGGGUGAGAUGGGGAAGAACGAGCCUGAUGCAGACGGACACAGAGGCUGCAUCAUUAACACAGCCAGUGUGGCGGCCUUUGACGGACAGGUCGGCCAGGCAGCGUAUUCAGCUUCUAAAGGCGGCAUCGUCGGAAUGACCCUCCCCAUCGCACGAGAUCUGGCACCCAUGGGCAUCAGGGUCAUCACCAUAGCACCUGGUCUGUUCUCCACUCCCCUCCUGGCCGGUCUUCCAGAGAAGGUGCGCUCCUUCCUUGCCCGUCAGGUGCCCUUCCCUUCGCGCCUGGGAGACCCUGCUGAGUUCGCCCACCUGGUGACGUCACUGGCUGAGAACCCCAUGAUCAACGGCGAGGUCAUCAGACUGGAUGGAGCCAUUCGCAUGCAGCCCUGAGCCCUAAUGGUGUGUGUGUGUGUGUGUGAGUGUGUGUGAGUGUCACUGCCUGGUGUAUUUAUGUUGUAGAAAGCUGCAUACAGUAAAAAAUACACUGUACUGGUACAACUUAUUAGGUUUGUGUGUGAGACUGUGAGAGAAAAGUGUGUAAAACCGAUAAAGGACAUCAUGCUGAGCAUUGCAGUACUUUAUGGACUCCAUUUUGUAAACUAAUCCAGAUUAUAAUAAACCUCAUAUGUUUGAUUAUCUAAGAA